AAAGAAUGAAUCCCUCAUCAUGUUUAUCCUUGUUGCUUACAAUUUCCUUGAUCUUUAACUCUCAUGCCAUUUCACCAAAAUCAAGCUCCAAGUUAUAUCAAAAUGUAUGUAAAAAUGCUGGAAAUGAUAACCAACGUUGCUUAAAACUAUUAGAAGCAAACCCUAGCAUAAUUUCAGCCAAAGACUAUCCUACCCUUUGUAAAUUAUUCUUAGAGAUGGCAAUAGAGAAGGCAAUAAAAGGCCAAAAUUACCUCAAAACAUUGAUGAAAGAACAACCUUCUUCAAAAGCCAUCAAACAAUGUGCAACCAAUGAUUACAAUGGAUUGGUUGCAUCAUUUAGAAGCUCGUUAGUUGAGUUAAAUGAAGAUCCAAUAUCUGCAAACUAUGAUGCUAAAAUUGCUGGUGAUGGACCUCAAGCAUGUGAAGAUGCCUUGGCUAAAGAAAAGAUAGUUAAGUCUACUCUUUCUACAUUGAAUAAUAAUAUGAAGUUUCUUAGUGUUGUUGCAUAUUUAGCCACAAACUAUCUUCCACAUUGAGAUGUGGUUUUGUUGUUAUGUUUGCUAUUGUUUUUAUUGUUAUGUUUGCUUUGUUAAA